UGCGUUCAGGGACCAUGCUGUCCAGCGUGCGCCGCCACAGCCUCCGCCUGCAGACCGAGCUGCACCGCUGGAGCAUCUGCGACCCGGGCAGCCACCUGCUGCCGGACAGCCUCCUGGCCCGGGUCCCCGCCUGCAUCUCCCGCUCCAGGUCCUGCACCAGCUCCGCCGGGGAGUCGGAGGGCAGCCGCGGCAGCUGGUCGUCCUCGGACUCGGUCAUCUCCAUCGAGUCCGCCGGGGAGCCGGCGGAGCCCGAGAGCCCGUACCGGGUGGUGCUGCUCGGGGCCAGCGGGGUCGGGAAGACGGCGUUCGCGAGCAUCUUCGCCGGGGCGGCAGACAGCAUGGACAGUGACGACUGCGAGCUGUGUGGAGAUGAAGUGUGUGAAAAGGACAUCGAGGUGGACGGAGAGCCUGCAACUAUCACUCUAGUGGACACAUGGGACACAGAGGCUGACGCUGACUGGGCCCAUGAGCAGCACAUGCAGACCGGCGAUGCCUACCUGCUGCUGUACUCGAUCACUGACCGGACCUCGUUCCUGCGAGCCUCCGAGCUCCGGAUAACUUUGCGUCGUUUCUGUCCAGCCCAGAACACGCCAAUAAUUCUCGUGGGGAACAAGUGCGACCUGGUGCGACGCCGAGAGGUGUCAGCAACUGAGGGUCGCGCUUGUGCCGCCGUUUUCGACUGCAAGUUCAUCGAGACCUCAGCCGCCAUGCAGCACAACAUCUGGGAGGCCUUCCACGGCAUAGUGCGACAGCUGCGUCUUCGCCGAGACUCCAGGGAGGCCAACAAGCGCCGCCGCCACGCACACUGUAGCGCACGCCGGGAAAGCCUGCCCAUGAAGGCCAGACGGUUCCUUGACAAGAUAGUGGCAAAGAACAAUCCCAACGUUGCGUUUUGGCUGAAAUCCAAGUCCUGCCAUGACCUCUCCGUGCUGUAG